CUUUCCUGCUUCACGCGAAGGCAGCGCUUCCGCUUGUUUCGUCUCCUGAGCGUUCGCAGAGGCUCUCACCACGCAUGCGCAGCCCGGGAAGUUCUUUCUGGUCCAGGGGCUUCGAUCCACGCGGGUUCUGUGCGGCGGGAGUUGCCGGCGGCUGUUAUGCUCUUCUACUCCUUCUUCAAGUCCCUGGUAGGGAAGGACGUAGUGGUCGAACUGAAGAAUGACUUGAGCAUAUGUGGGACCCUGCACUCCGUGGAUCAGUACCUGAAUAUCAAGCUCACAGACAUCAGUGUAACAGAUCCAGAAAAAUACCCUCAUAUGCUGUCUGUCAAGAACUGCUUCAUCCGCGGCUCUGUUGUUCGCUAUGUUCAGCUUCCAGCUGAUGAAGUCGACACCCAACUUCUGCAGGAUGCCGCACGAAAGGAGGCCCUCCAGCAGAAGCAGUGACACCUUCCUUCUUUUUUCUCCCUUUCCACCCUAAUUUCCCCCCAGAAGUGCUGGAAGAAAGCUAAACCAGCUUCUUUAUGGGAGGGAACCAGCAGUGUGUGUGUGUAUAUGUGUCUGUAUGUGGGUACAUUCAAGUGUACUGUUGGGUGAGAAAAUCCAUGUGAAUAUUUUCCAUUUCUUUUGUCCCUCCCAGAGGCAACUCUAGUGGGGGAAUAUUGUAUUCUGUUUCCACUACACGGAUGAAACCCAUUACUGGGAUAACACCAGUGCUUUUUGUUUUCUAAACUCCUAUUGCUAGUAGCUCAAUUUUUGUUUUUCUACCGAACUCUCCCUCUGUCCCAUUCAGCAUUUCAUUUCUGUAGCACUGUUUACUGCUGAGAAAGUAUCUCUCAGCAAAGGUCUGUUUCCAUAUUAAUGUAUAAAAGAAAUGCAUGCAGACACUUCUGUAAUACAUCCUCCCAGUUGUCCUCCAGGAAUGUUGGGAUACAAUCACAACAAUCCUUUUUAGCUAAAAUGGAGAAUGUUGUGAAUGUUGUAGUCCAACAUAUCUGAAGGAGCCUUAGUUGGAGGAGAUUGCUUUAGUCUUCCUCUUCUAUACAAUGGUCACAAAGGAUGGCUAAAAGCUAGACUGUCUUUUGGCUACAAGCUCUUUCCAGUUUUCUCUUGUCUAACCUCAAAAAGGUAAAUUUGGGAAGUGUUUGAAGUCAUUCGAGAUUUUGUCUUUGGAUACCACCCUUUUUGUUGAUAAUUUAAAAACACGCUGAAGGACUCUUGCAGAACCUUUGGUGCCAACAUCAUUUCUGUCCCAUAAUCUUAUUUUAUUCCAUCCAGUGUUCACCUGUAAUCUCUUAAUAAGAGUGAUAUAUUCAAAUAAAUUUUUGUCUUUUGGGCCUCUAAAGGAUACUAGCAGCCUAGGUCCACUACCUUUCUGAAGCAAGAGAAGUUUGCUACUUCAUUGGUUUUGUUCCUGCAAAAAGAGUGAAACAACGCAUAUUCGUGCUUCUGAAGUUUUGUUAUCCUAGUGAUUUCCAUCCAGGGGUGUGUGGGAUGACUUUUUUGUAUUUACAAGGGAUGUUUUGAAAAAGAAAUAUGUAACAUUUAAACUAUGGAAGAAUAAAAUGUUGAAUUUGAAA